AUGACUCGCCGCAAGCGGUCGGCGAUGUCGUACUUGGAGGAUGCGACGGACUCGGGAUCGGAGGAUGCGUCUGGAUCGGAGGAUGACGAGAUAACUGAACAGGGGGCAGCCGCAGCGACUUUGGCGGCGGGGUUAUCGAUCAAGCUCGUGAUCGACACCAAGACUCAGAAGGUGCGGUUCGCCGAGGCCGGAAGCGACGUGGUUGAGUUCCUCACCGGCCUCUUGUCCCUGCCGCUGGGCACCGUCGUCGACCUGCUGACCAAGGAGCACAUGGUCGGCAGCAUCGGCAACGUCCUCGGCAGCGUGGAGAAGAUGGACGCCGGCUACAAGGGCAAGGAGCGGCGCCUCAGUCCGGCCGUCGCCCCCGCCGCGCUCUCCCACCUGCAGCAGCUGCUGAGCAGGCACCUCAGCAACAGCAGAGCCUGCCAUUGCACCGGUUCGAUGUAUAAUUCUACCACGGGUGCCGCCGCGGGAACAUCCACGAGGGCGUCGCUACACACGGCCACGUACACGGUCGGGGAUGACCUCUCGGUGACUCCGGCGUCUUUUUUCUCGACCAUCUCGCUACUGGGCAUCACGCAGUUCGCACAAUUUGGCGGCAAGGACCUCGGAGCGCUUCAGGAGAAAACAGUGAAGAUCGGCAAGGAAGAGGCGCUGAGAAUACUCGCUGCUUCCCUCAAGUCCAAGACCGUGCUGACAGAUGUCUUCCUGGCUCAAGAGUGA